AACAACAAGCACGUUGAUACCUUUGAGUGCCACGGCCCCCGGGCAGUGAGCUGUCUGGCCACAGCUCAGGAGGGAGCACGCAAGCUCUUGGUAGUGGGCUCCUACGACUGCACCAUCAGCGUGCGCGAUGCGCGCAACGGGCUGCUCCUCAGGACCCUGGAGGGUCACAGCAAGACUAUACUCUGCAUGAAGGUUGUGAAUGAUCUGGUAUUCAGUGGCUCCAGUGAUCAGUCUGUCCAUGCCCACAACAUUCAUACUGGAGAGCUGGUGAGGAUCUAUAAAGGGCACAACCACGCGGUGACGGUUGUGAACAUUCUGGGGAAGGUGAUGGUGACAGCAUGUCUGGACAAAUUUGUUCGUGUUUAUGAGCUACAGUCACACGACCGCUUGCAAGUCUACGGAGGCCACACAGAUAUGAUCAUGUGCAUGACCAUCCACAAGAGCAUGAUCUACACUGGGUGCUACGAUGGCAGCGUCAGAGCUGUGAGGCUCAACCUGAUGCAGAAUUAUCGUUGCUGGUGGCAUGGAUGUUCACUGAUCUUUGGAGUUGUGGACCAUCUGAAACAACACUUGCUAACUGACCACACCAACCCAAAUUUUCAGACCCUAAAAUGUCGUUGGAAGAACUGUGAUGCUUUCUUUACUUCCAGGAAAGGGUCCAAGCAGGAUGCUGUAGGACACAUUGAAAGACAUGCUGAGGAUGACAGCAGGAUUGACUCAUGAAGAUUUUCACCUCCCACAUUGGGAAGUUGUUUUAUACAUCAGAAUUAUUCCAGAUAACACCACUUUCUUACUCCAGUCUUUCCUCUAUUUUUUUCCCAGUUGAAAUGCAAAAAUGGAGUGGGGCUGAAAUGCCUUUCUGCAGAGAUGGCAGGUUGUGUUGCACUCUGUAGAAAUGAGGCUGGUCAGUUAAGAUCUGGCCCAAACAGAAGAUUCUUGCAAGUUUCUAAUUCAUUGACAGAUAAGAAUAUUCCCUCCUCUUGUCUGCCU